UCUCUCCUUCCCACACGCACCUUCAUCUUCGCUCUCGCUUUCCCGUGUAAGCCGGAGGAACGGGCGGCCGGCCUUCUCUCCCCGCGAGUCCGCGACCCCGCACGCGCGGCCGGCGAGCAAGCCCAGAGGCGCGUCGCCGAGCCCGACCUAGCAUCCUCGGUUGGCGCGGCCUACUCGAGCGGCGCAGGGCCAGCGAGAGCUCAGGUUCGGAGGGGGGCUAUGCGGGAGGCAUCCUUCCACCGCCGACCUCCACCUCGGCCGGAAUAGAACUGAAGGUCAGGAGUCAAGGUAUAUCAGAUGAUGGAUCUGUCCACGACUUCAGUAGUGGCUGCUAAGGCCUACAAGUACAGAGCAGAAUCACUUGUUAAGGACUACCUUCUUGCAGAUUGUUAUGUUUCAUACACUGCUGUGCUUGGUGGGAUCCUGAUGUGCAAAAUGGUCUAUGACAUCACACACUUAAUCAGUUCAUUGUACUACAAGGGUUAUGGUUCUCUUACGAAAAUCCAAAAGCUUGAGUGGAACAACAGGGGCAUGUCCACUGUCCAUGCAAUGUUUAUCACAUUAAUGUCAGUUUACCUAGUAUUCUUCUCCAACCUAUUCUCUGAUGAGCUGGAUGGCCCAGUAACAGUUCGGAGUUCAAACCUCUCCAAUUUUACACUGGGGGUUUCUCUGGGGUACUUCAUCGCUGACCUUGCUAUGUUAUCCUGGGCUUAUCCUUCCCUUGGCGGAAUGGAGUAUGUUCUUCACCACUUGCUGUCAAUUAUUUCUUUAGUCUAUGCUAUUUAUUCUGAAGAAGGACAGUUGUACACAUACAUGGUUCUCAUCUCUGAAACAACCACACCUGGAAUCAACCUCCGAUGGUUUCUUGAUACUGUUGGAAUGAAAAGAUCGAAAGCCUAUCUUGUCAAUGGUGUUACAAUGUUUGUUGCAUGGCUGGUGGCAAGGAUAAUUUUGUUCAUCUACUUGUUUUACCACAUAUACUUUCACAUUGAUCAGGUUAAGCAGAUGCGCACCUUUAGCUGCAUUCUGAUAUUCGCUGUGCCCACAAUACUAUUAGUGAUGAACACAGUGUGGUUUGUCAAAAUCUUGAGAGGUCUCAAGAAGACGCUAGCCAAGAGGCAGUGAAGAGUGGUGAAUUGCUCAUAGGCGCAUCUACAACCAUCCUUUCGUACAGUCACAUACAACUACAUAUAUUUUCUACGUUAAGCUUUAUAGUGCAACUCAUAGCGCAAGCAAAAGAUCCCUUGUACACAUGUUGGAAAAAUCUCCUCAACAUUGCCGAAAAUUUUUGUCCCUGUACGGUUCUACAUUGUACAUAUAUAUAUAUGCACGUCUAGUUAUGGCUGAGGAUGCUUUUAUCUGUGCACUAAUGAUUCAUAGUUUCAAUUUUCAACAACUGGA